CGAUAGUGUCACGAGAUGACGUCGUCUCCGAUAAGUUAUACUCGUACGAGAAACCGACCGGGUGGGGCCUGUUCGUUUAGUUGUUGCUACAGCGAGAGACUCAUUGUCAGUGUGAAAGUGACCAGACGCAGUAGAGAGUGGUUGGGCCCUCGAAGAACGACUCCGGGGCCUAUUCUCUCACGCGCUCGCGUUCAACAAUGUUCAUUAAGCAACAUCGACAUGCAAAAAUUUUCGGAAAGUAACAAACCAAUUAUUUCACCAAACCAAGAAGAAAUUGUAUUAAACGAAGGGGAAUUUUUAGAAAUUAUAUGCACGGGCACAGCACCACUUAAAUUUGUUUAUCCUGACACUUUUGAUAAAGAAGUGUUUAAUACUUCAACGCCGAGAAUAAGCAAGAAUGAGGAAAAUGGAGUUUACAAAUAUAUUUUCCAACGACCAAAAAUCAUUUUUGGUGACACAGGCUGGUACGGUUGUGCCGAUUAUAAUGUUGAAAUUCCAAAUUUCUUUGAUAAUUCUGAGGUGAACUGGUUAUACGUUUAUGUAAAAUCUAAUACGAAUUUAUUCGUUGAAGCGGACACUUAUGCUCAUUUGAACGCUGUUGCUGGCGACAGUAUUGUAAUACCAUGCAGACCUACAUCGCCGGAUCUAGACCCUGACUUGUCCAACAACAACGAAGAUGAAUUAGAGGGAAAAGCAUCAUUUGAUCCCAGAAUUGGUUUCACGAUUAAAAAUCUGACGGUAAAGGACAGCGACUGGUACAAGUGUUCAAUACAAAAGGAUAAUGAAGAGCAUCAGGUCAAUUACGUCUUGGCUGUACAUCUAAGACAAACUUUGCCUGAUCCAAAAAUUCACGACGACACUUUGCGUCACGUUACACGUGGGCAAGAUUUGUUCGUUAAUUGCACCGUUGAGAUUGAUGCAUCUGUACGAUAUGUAUUUAAUUGGAGCACACCACAGAGCAACAGCAGAGUAAGCACUCAACAGUUUAGGAAACAGCUCGACGACAAUUAUCUCUUAGUUACGUGUCAAUUGACGGUAUUUAACGUCACGGAUGAAGACGCGGGAGAGUAUAAAUGCAUCAUUAGAUCGAUUCAUGACACAAAGGAUACAAAGAAAAAUAUUACGAUACACGAUCCUCAAAUAAAGUAUAUUAAUCUUACGUCUCAACAUAGUGAAAGAUAUUAUCAAGGAGAAAAAGGCGGCAAUGUACAGUGGGUCGUUUACGUUGAUGGAUAUCCAAGACCUCAUUUACAAUGGUUUGAACCAAAAGGUCAAGAAAUUACACCGAGUCAAAAGUAUUUCGUGAAUACAAGUACAACAGUUACUAUUUUAAGGAUAAACAACUUAGCAAUAACGGAUGCAGGGGAUUAUAUCCUUGAAGCAAAAAAUGAUUACAUGAUAAAAAAGCUCAAUUUUACACUUGAUAUCAUAGCUAAGCCGGCUGCUCUGUUAACAGAGAUUGAAUCUUAUUAUGCACCUAAUGAAACUGCGGAAUUCCGUUGUGAAGUAUUAUCUCAUCCUACAGCAAAUAUAACAUGGGAUUUUAUGAAAUGUCCUAAUUAUCCAUCAUUUGAAAAUUCAACAAUCGUGAAACUGACAGAUGUAAUGGAAAAUGCUUACAGCUCCUAUAAAUACGAAUCGAGAGCAAAAAUGCUUAUCGAAGUAUCGGGAAAACUAACAUGCAAAGCUUGCAAUUCCCUCGAUUGCGAUGCUGUGACAGAAAAUAUUUUCGUUUCCGAUGGAAUAGGCGCUUUUGGUAUUAUCGGACCAAAAGAAUUGGUAACAAAAGACGAUACUGUUGAAUUGAUUUGUGCGGCUUCCGUUUAUAAUUAUACAGAUGAUUUAACAUGGACAAAAUUGGAAAAUGAAACUGAAACGCCAGUUAUAGAGACAAAUAGGUUAAAAAUCAUACAUAAUAAAACUCUAUUCACGUAUCGAUCAACUUUAAAAAUUCAUCAUGUUCAAGAAUCAGAUGCUCAGGAUUAUAUUUGUACUGGCAAGUACACAAAUGGAUUAUCUCAUGUAGAUUUAAGUAAUCCAAUUCUUUCUGAUUAUGCCAUCUACAAAUUAAUAAUCCAUGAUCCGGUAUCGCCGUUUUUUACCAAAACUAAUAUGAACGAGACUAUAGUAAAAAAUAUCGACGUAAUUGCCGAAGGUCAUAAAACGGUCAUUUUACAGUGUUUUGCGGAUGGGAUGCCGAAACCGAUAAUUGCUUGGUAUAAGGACAAUGUAUUGUUAGUGGAAAACGAUCAAUAUUUGUUCAAAUUUAAUUAUCAAGAACUUAAUAUCAAAUAUUUUAAGGAAUAUGAUAGUGGAAGGUAUUCGUGUCGCGCUAUCAAUCGAUUAGGCACAAAUGAAACUUAUCAGGAGAUAAUGGUGAAAAAUGCAAAAUUGCAGAAGCUUGACGUCAUAUUAGCUGUUUCAAUAGCUAUUUUAGGUAUCACCUUAGUCAUUUUAGCAAUCUUUUUCACGAUUAAGGUUCGUCGUGAAAAGAAAAUGAGAAAAGAAUUAAUGGAAGCAGGUCUUAUGCACUUUGAAGAAGGUGCUCUGGAGUGUUUAAAUCCAGAUUUGACGGUUGAUGAUCAAGCGGAAUUACUUCCUUAUGACAAGAAGUGGGAGUUCCCAAGAGAACGAUUGAAACUUGGAAAACAAUUGGGCAGUGGUGCUUUUGGAGUUGUAAUGAAAGCAGAAGCACAAGGAAUAAGCGAAAAUGAGACUGUCACAACUGUCGCUGUGAAAAUGGUACGUCGAACUACCGACCCGACUUAUGUUCGUGCACUCGCCAGUGAAUUGAAGAUCAUGGUGCACCUUGGCAAGCAUCUAAACGUCGUCAAUCUUCUUGGUGCAUGCACUAAAAAUAUUUCAAAACGGGAAUUAUUGGUGAUUGUCGAAUAUUGUCGGUUCGGAAAUUUGCAUAAUUACCUUUUGAAGCAUAGAAGCAAUUUUAUUAAUCAAAUCGACCCCAACACUGGAAAACUCGAUCUUACUAUCGGUGUGGAUAUAUUGACGAGAACAGCUAGUAUCAGUAGUAAUAACAGGAUAAAAUAUGCAGCAUUAUCCUUCUCUCGCAGUAUUAGUGCGAAUUCAGGCACCGAUACGGUGGUACACUAUUGUCCGGGAACAAGCUCGGACACUCAGGAGAUCAACUUUUCGCCAGAUGGCUGCGUCCUCAGCAAUAAUUCAUUUCAACCAGACUGGAGGACAAAUUAUCGUGGAGACUACAAAGACCAAAAUCUCAAGCCGAUUUGCACUCAAGAUCUUUUAUCAUAUGCCUUUCAAGUAGCAAGGGGAAUGGAAUAUCUCAGCCAAAGAAGGGUAUUGCACGGUGAUCUUGCGGCAAGAAAUAUCUUACUUUGCGAGAAUAAUAUAGUAAAGAUCUGCGAUUUUGGUCUCGCAAAAACUAUGUAUAAAGAUGAUAAUUACAAAAAGAAAGGUGAUGGUCCGUUGCCUAUAAAAUGGAUGGCCAUCGAAUCAAUCAGAGAUCGAAUAUUUUCGACGCAGUCAGACAUUUGGUCUUUUGGUAUAGUUCUGUGGGAAUUUUUCACCCUGUCUGAAACACCGUAUCCCAGCAUGGAAGCCGAGAAAUUGUAUCAAAAACUGAUAGAGGGUUACAGAAUGGAACAGCCGGAGUAUUCCAUUCGCGAAAUAUAUGAAAUAAUGUCGCAAUGUUGGAAAGCUAAACCCACCCUACGUCCAAGUUUUACAGACCUCGUGGAAAGCAUUGGUAAUUUAUUGGAGGAAAGCGUGAAAUCGCAUUAUAUCAGUCUGAAUACCCCGUAUAUGGAUAUGAACACGAUGAUUCUGGAGAGUGGUAAAAAUGAUUAUUUAACGAUGAUGUCCGCGCCGGAUCAUGGGGCUCUAUCGUCACCGGGACAUUAUGCGAACUCACCAUUUUCGGAGGGCGCGCCAGAUUCGUCAUACUUGUGUAUGAGUCCCAACUGUCAGACAAAUGAGUCCGGAAUAUUUAGUCCUAGACCACAUGAGGAUCGUUCGCACUUUGAAUUCCCGUCGCCCGCAUCAGACUCGGAGGAUGCGGUCGAAUUGUCGCCCAUGUUGAAGCAUGAGGAAGAUCCCUAUCUGAAGCCGAUUAAUGUACAAGAGCGAAGAGCAGAAUUCGCGCGACAGAGAGAAGCAAUGAAGAACCAGAUGACCGAGAGGUCCAUCGAUCGAGAUUCCGGUUAUUGCAACGCGCCGCGAAAUCUUCAUCUGAUCGACCUGAAUGACAUGGAUGAGAACGACGCGGCUCAUCGAGCGGAUGCGGACUCGAAGAAGGACUAUGUGCCACCCAUCAUCAGUACUCAGGAUAACUAUGUGAACAUGCCGAAACAGAAGAGCGAUUUAAGAUUAGGUGUACCAGACGGUUUCAGUAAUCCUAGCUACGUGAUGAUGAAUACCCGCGAGAUGGACCAGCGUGUUUAGUCCGCUUAUAGUGACUUCAAUCGUAUAUUUUUGUGAAUAUUACGCUUUAAAAACAGGACUGAAUGUGACUUAGUGAUUUAUUUGUAAUUUUGUAUUGGACUGACUUUUUCUACUCUUAUAAUUAUAAUCAUAUGUCAUAAUAUUAUUGUGAUACAUAGUAUCUAAUAAUAUGAAAUAACACAUAAUUUAAUAUUUCGUGAAAUGUUUCUCAAUCAAUGUGCCAUGGUGAUUAAUAACAUCAACAAGAAUCAGUGAGUAGAAAUAAAAGAAAUACUUUUUAUGAAUAUAUAUCACAGAGAACACAUAUAAAGACUUAUUAUCAGUAUA